AUGAUUAUUUGGACGGCGGCGGUGCUGCCCGUGGCAGUCUCUGCUUUGAUUGACAGACAAGGAAUUCUCUCUCAGUUCAACGUUGUACGGACCACUCUAAUAGAAAAUACUUCGACUCCUCUGCAAGUAGGAAAUGGGAACUUCGCAUUCAAUGUGGACAACACGGGAAUGCAGAGUUUCUUGCCUUUCAACACUCUAUCGAGUUGGGGCUGGCACAACGACUCACUGCCAAGCAAUGGCGAGAAACUGAGUGACUACCACGGCCGACCUAUCGAGACACACGGUCGAAAUGUCUCCUACGACUAUCCUGACUCAAACCUUCCGCUGGUCUCGCAGUGGUUGAUUGCUAACCCCAAUCGCAUCAACCUUGGCCGCAUCGGACUCAAAUACAAGGGUGCUAGUCUCUCAGCAUCGCUGAUCUUCGAGCCAUCUCAGGAGCUGGACCUAUGGAACGGGCUCAUCACAUCGUCAUUUCGUGUAGAUGGAAGCGCCGUCAAAGUCACCACCCAAGGUGAUUUCAAGUCAGAUAGUGUGGUUUUUCAGGUCGAGUCGCCCCUCUUAUCCUCAGGAGACUUGGAGGUUGAGCUUGACUUUCCUUACCCUCCGAUCCACACGACAAAAUACAAGUACGAGGUAUUCGUAGGAAGCUAUGACUUCCCACUGAAUCAUUCAACAGCACUUGUCCAAACCGAGGAAGACGGCACAGCUCACAUUCACCAUGAGAUGCAAGAGACGAGCUACUUCGUCAACCUGCGAUGGCCCACAGAUACUCCCUUGAACCUUUCUAGGAACGAAGCUCAGAACUCAUCCACAAUCACAGCACAUCGUUACACGCUUUCUCAUCCAACCACUUCGAACAGCUCGGGUUCUUCUACCAUGUCAUUCACAGUGAACUUCGCACCCGACAGGAUCACACCGGACCUGCCAUCCACCAUACAGGAACGGAAUCCAUUGGCAUGGAAUGACUACUGGGAAGAGGGCGGUUUCGUCGAUCUCACCGGGUCGACUAAUCCAAAAGCGACCGAGCUCCAGCGCAGAAUUGUGCAGUCGCAGUACCAUGUCCGCGUCAACAGCGCUGCGGACGGACAGUCCCCGCAGGAGUCUGGGUUGAUGAACAAUGGGUGGUACGGCAAGUUCCACAUGGAAGUCGUGGUCCUGCACAACGCCCACUGGGUCACUUGGGGCCGGAAAAAGUAUUUCGACGAUAUCUUUCCGGCCUUCUCUCCUGGCGCAAUCAACGCCCUUCUGCUGUGGCAGCAGCCCCAUCCUAUGUACCUAGCGGAGCUCGCCUACAUAGCAGACCCCUCCGAGGAAACCCUCAAGCGCUGGGACGCCGUCUUAACCGCAUCGGCAGACUACAUGGCCUCGUAUGCCUGGUACAACCGGUCCUCGGGCUAUUACGACCUCGGCCCGCCAUCUUACGGCGUCACGGAAAACACCCCGCCCCUCGAAACACGCAACCUCGCCUACGAGCUCGCCUAUUGGCAAUACGGCCUCAACCAGGCACGGACAUGGAAGCAACGCCUGGGCGCCCCGGUCCCGGACCACUGGACCACCGUCGCCUCCAACCUCGCGCCCCUGCCGACCGCCGACGACGGCCUGUACACGCCCUACGAGGGCCUCAACAGCAGCUGGUGGGGCGACGCGGAGCUCAACUCGGACCCGCGGAGCCUGAGCAUGCUGCGCGGGAUCCUGCCGAGCACCGGGACGCCGAGCGUGGACGAGGAGGUCGCUAAGAGGACCGCCGAUAAGGUCCACGAGGUGUGGGGAGGGGUGGACGAGAAGGUCUUCGGGUGGGGGCGGCCGGUGCUGGCUAUCAAUGCUGCGAGGCUGGGCGAGCCGCAGCGGGCGGUGGGAUACCUGACGGCUUUCGACUACUGGGUGUUUGAUGACGCUGGGUUUGCGGAGAGAGGUGGCAACGGUGGCACGCCACCCCCAUUUCUCGACGGGAAUGCGUUCUUUCUUCAUGCUGUGGCUUAUAUGGCUGCCGGCUGGCAGGGCUCGGAAGGAGACGCCCCUGGGUUUCCCAAGGAUGGCAGCUGGUCAGUUCGCUAUGAGGGGUUGUUGAAGGCUCCGUGA